AGCCGGGAAAUCGCAAUAGGUCCGGGCUCCGUCGCGGCGCAGUCUCCUUCAGCUCGCCCUCCAACCGGUGACGCCCGCCCUCGGCCGUGCAAGCGUGAGCAGCAUCUCCCUGGAAGUCGCCCGAGACGUGUACCCGCUCGCCUCGCCUCCGAAACGAUAAAAUGGCAGUGCCUCCCUCAUAUGCUGACCUCGGCAAGUCCGCCAAAGACAUCUUCAACAAGGGCUAUGGAUUUGGCUUGGUGAAGCUUGAUGUCAAGACCAAGUCAGCCAGUGGAGUGGAAUUCAAAACAUCUGGAAACUCCAACAUUGACACCAGCAAAGUUGCAGGUACCCUGGAAACCAAAUACAAGAGGUCAGAAUACGGCCUGACCUUCACUGAGAAGUGGAACACUGACAACACCUUGGGAACCGAAAUCACUGUUGAAGACCAGAUUGCCAAGGGACUGAAGUUGACUUUUGACACAACCUUCGCACCAAACACUGGCAAGAAGAGUGGCAAAGUUAAGACGGCCUAUAAGCGCGAGUAUGUUAACAUGGGCUGUGACGUGGACUUCGACUUCGCCGGCCCCACCAUCCAUGGAGCCGCUGUCGUUGGCUACGAGGGGUGGCUCGCCGGUUACCAGAUGAGCUUCGACACCGCUAAAUCCAAGAUGACCCAGAACAACUUUGCCAUUGGUUACAAGACUGGAGACUUCCAGCUCCACACCAAUGUUAACGAUGGAGCCGAGUUCGGAGGCUCCAUCUACCAGAAGGUGAGCGACAAGCUGGAGACGGCCGUCAACCUGGCCUGGACCGCUGGCAGCAACAGCACACGCUUCGGUAUUGCAGCCAAGUACCAGCUGGACAAGGAUGCUGCCAUCAGUGCUAAAGUGAACAACAACAGCCUUGUUGGUGUUGGGUACACCCAGACUCUCAGACCAGGCGUGAAACUCACCCUGUCCGGCCUUGUCGAUGGAAAGAACAUCAACGCAGGAGGCCACAAGCUGGGUCUGGGCUUGGAACUGGAAGCCUAAGUGUUAGUCAUGCUGCAAAGGACUAGGGAAUAUCAGAAGAAUCUGGCCUUAAAUGUAUGUCCAACUCAAACCAGCAACGGGAUCAUGAAGAGAACGAUUCAAAGGCUAUGACAACAAACUACUAUCUCGAGUACCUCCUCAACUGGUGCUUCUGUCAUUUUUACCUUUGUUGCUUUUUGCUUUGUAGCUGCAUCUAUUCAAGAGACAGUUGGCUGCCUGUCAUCCACUGUGUGACCUUAUUGUGAUGUAAUCCCAGACUGUUUUUAUUUUUGUGAGAACAUCUGUAGACGGUUUUCUGUGGUGAGCGAUGUCAUACCUUCUUUCUGAUUUUACAAUCUUGACCUGUCUGAUAUUCCUUUGUCAUCAUUUGCAAACCUUGUUAAUACACUAGGCAUCUUUUCUGCUUUUAUUUAAAUACCGCUGCACCCUUCCAGUUCAUGCACACAAGGACAAACCAGCUCUAAUGUUUUGUUUUGUCGGCCCGGUUUCUUAAAGUCGACUCUGCAAGAAACCUGUACACACUGGGCUGACCAAGCAGAAUUUAGUUUUGGUUUAUCCUGGUACUAACGGGCAACUGGAGCACACACUGUUCACAAUAAUGCCAAACUAUCCUUGUCCAGAAGAGGUGUGACUUAGUUGCACGCGAGCACUCUCGGAAAGUGUUUCCCUGCACCAGGCAGAAACCGAGCCCACAGGAAGUCUUGGAGGUCCUGAUGUGUAUGUAUACAUUUUCAAUAAAGUGUUUGAACUCCA